UGUGGCUCGUUGUGUCUGUCGUCCUCCAACAGCAUCAACGCCAUGACCCGUCUGCUGCUCGGAGCCGUGCUGCUGGGGAACCUGGGCGUCUGUGUCCCAGCUCAAGUUCCAGAGAUGCUCGCUCCACCCACCCAGGUGAGGUUUGACUCUGUGGACUAUAAACACAUCGUGAACUGGACUCCACCCACCAACAGCAGCUCACUGCUCUACUACAUCCAGUGGAAGAUUUAUGGCGAGCCUGAGUGGUUGGACGUGGUCGGCUGUCAGGGGAUCCAGAAGCCCCAGUGUGACCUCAGCGUCGUGACCUCUGACAUCAGAGAGUGGUACUACGCCAGAGUGCACGCUGCCUCCUUGCCCUCCAGCAAAUCAGCCUGGGCUCUCUCCCCGAGGUUCAGCCCGCGCUGGGACACCAAAAUCAGCUCUCCUGUCCUGAGGCUGAACGUCACGGAGCAAGGGAUUGUGGUCCGUGUGAAGCCCCCCAGGCUGCUCGUCCGGAAGAUGCACAGCAGCCUGCACUACAAGAUCUACCUCAUACACAGCAGUGGAGAAGAGGAGGAGUUUGACAUGGACUGCUGCUCCAACAAGCUGCCUCUGAAGAAGCUGCAGCACAAGGCCAAAUACUGCCUCCAAGCCCAGACCAUGAUCCCCCUCCAGGCCAAGAGCAGCGCUCGCAGCUCUGUGAAAUGUGUCACUACGCUCUGAUCACACAGACAAGCUCCACCAACACGACACACCGGAUGACUCUUCAUGCAUCAGUUCAGCUUUAAUUAUCCGUCGCUACCUCGAACGCUGCUGCCGUGAAUAUCCGUGCCAAUAGAAGAGACGCACUUUAUUCUUAAAAGCAUUAAGGAUCUGUGUAGGUACUCUGAGUGUAUAGAACUUUAAUCAUUUCAGCCCACCAAUACAUUUUGUGUGUGAAAGUUGUUAAAGUAGUUUGACAAAAUAUUCGUACCUCAAGGUCAAUUUACCAACUUUGUUCCUCUUCAGCUGCUGAUGAAGAGGAUGUGAGAUGUGUUCAAGUGGACCUUGAGUUAGGAUUAUUUACUUAUUCUUUAGCUAAUUUCCCCCUUUAGACCACUGAAGUCGAGCUGUUGCUGUGAAUGUAUCCUUCAGACGGGCUUCAGUCACCAGAAAUCAUCAGUGAGAUACGCAGACUGAAAAACAAAUAUCUACUUCAGAGUAUUUAUCUUUGUCUUAAUGUUUAUAUAAGUUAACACAUAAGUUCAGCAACACUCUGUGUUCAUCUCAUCCACCUGUGAAGAUCAAUAAAUACCUUAACUUUAAGCAAAAACAUCUCUUAAAAGCAAUGACUUUGCACUU